CCGCCCCCCGCCCUGCCCCCUUUCUCCCCCUUCCGUCGUCCACCAUCGUCUUGCCUGCCACCAUGGACAGCCAAUUCCUCACCGUGUCGGCUGACUUCUCCAGCACCCAGCCCGAUGAGCUCCCCCUGACCAAGGGGACCAUGCUGAAGGUGCUCUCGCAGUCCACCACCCCGGGGGAUAUUCGCAUCCUCUGCAAGGACGAGCUCGGCCGCAUCGGCCUCGUCUACCCGUACAUGUGCGAGUCCCAGCCGGAACAGCAGGAGAGCCACGACCACACCAUGUAUAAUGUUCCCCAAACGGCGGCCGCCGACAACCUGGCCGAGGAGACCCUCAUCCGGGUGCCCCUUCCGGCCGACACUCCGAGCCCCCGGCCGCAUGGGCCCGGCGGGCGCCCGCUCAGCUCCCUGUCGCAGCCGCGCAACUCGCCGAUCUACAUGCCCGGCCCCGAGGGGGCCCCUCCGGCCAUGCCGCCGGCUGCCGCCGCCCCCGCAUCCUCGGCCGCCACGGUGCCCACCUGGAUCGCCGAUGACGAGAGCACCGAGGCCCGCCUCCCGCUGCCCAUCCCCCUGGCCACCCUGCUGGUGUACUUCCCCUUCGGCGUCUUCGGCGCCCUCUUCUUCCUGCUGCUUGAGACCAAGAACGACUUCAUCCGCUACCACGCCUGGCAGUGCAUGAUCAUCUCCGGCGCCCUGCUUGUGCUGCAGGUCAUUUUCAUCUGGACCUUCAUCGGAUCGGUCAUCAUCGCCGCCCUGCAGGGUGCCACCAUCCUGGUCCUGGGUGUGGUGUGCAUGGUCGGCUCGAUGGUCACGCCGGUUCGCACCCGCGUCGAGGUGCCCGGCGUGUCCAACCUCGCGCGCACCAUGCUCCGGAAAGACAACAAGCCUGUCAUCAGCAAGAAGGACCAGGAGCGCCAGGCCGGCGGCCAAUAGCCUGCUCCCGCGCCCCUCCUCUUCCCUCGUGUCCUUAUCUCCCCCCCCCCUCCCCUUGCCCUUCCUUGUCCCCAUUUUUGCCCUCCUCCCCCUCUCUCCUGCCACCCUCCGCGAGCGGGGCCGGACCUGUGCGUCGCCCCAGCUCGCUCGGCCGCCCGUGUGCAUCCCUCGCCGCUCCCUCCCCCCCCCCC